AUGUCUUUUGCCACCGGAGAUGGGACAUGCCAUUGUGGUCGGAGGACGAUGAUUCGGACAUCAUGGAAGGACACUAACUCUGGGCAGCGAUUCCAGUCAUGCCUGAAUUACGAGUUAAGGUGUUAUAAUUUCUUUGACUGGUUCGAUCCUCCAAUGUGUCGUAGGUCUGAAAUGAUAAUUCCUGGCCUCUUGAAGAAGAUGAAUGAGAGUCAAGUUGAAAUUGAGAUACUGAAAUUGAAAAAUGAAGAUUUGGUGGAGUUGAAUAAAAAAUUGAAGAAGAUAGUAUGCUUCAGUGACUGUCAAGUGAAGAUAGUGUCCAAUUUCAAAGUUGCUAAGAAGAACCCAAAUAGAAUGAACCAAGUGAAGAUGCUUCACUCUCGGCUCCCGCUUCAACUUGCUUCGGUUCUUCUCGAACACAACGGCUCUCGGCUUUGCGGACGGACUGAGGUUCGGCGGGACGUCGCUGAGGGUUACAGCUUGCGGUUGCAAUCGGUGGUGCACAGCAGACACGGAUGGAGGUUAAGCGGCCUGAUCUCGAAGUUCUCCUCGGAUCUCGAUCGCUCGCUGAAUCAGCGGCCUCGCGCUCGGCUAGGCUCAAGUGACGGAGAUGCUCGGGUACGCCGGCGAAAGGGGCUCGUGAGGGCGACUAGUCGGAGUCUUCCUCGGCCACGGUUAGCCGCGGCUGCGUGUGGUGGAAUUCAGUUUCCUCGCGCGAUUGGUGGCUGA